GGUGACACCUAGUGGCGAUUAUUUGCAGACGACAAGUCGUCGCCAUCAUUUAGCGUUACCCUUUAACUGUCUCACCGGCGUCUCCGAAAAACCAGUGUCACUUGUGACAAACAAAUCUUGAUCAUCUGAAACAAUUAUUAUUUCUCAGGACUCGGACGAGCGCUUCCUCAUACGUCACCGACAGGCGACCAAUGGCAGCGUUCAUUUUCAGAGCUUACCCACCGCGAGGUAGAAGAAUGUAAUUCUACUCAGAAGCUUUUCUUUGCUGGUAAUCAUCUUAUUUGGCGACACAGUGCAGGGAGGACUUCACUGAGAAACAGUAUUUCGGAUGAAUGAGACCUGCAUGUAGCCGUGUGCUCGACAGGUGUAGCGUCCUUGUGCUGUUUUUCACGAAAUACUUUAGCUGCUCCUUGGGGUGACAAGCACAUCGUGCUCACAAAUGACUGAUCCCCAGCAAAGACAUGCAAUAACUUGGACCUCGCAGCUGUGGAGACAUUAUCGCCAUGAAAGGCUUCAGCUCCAGAUUGGGCUUUUCGCUGGGCUUCAUUUUAGGGGCCUGCAGUACGUACUUCUUCCUUCACCAGGUGUGGUUUGAGAGAAGUUACCCUGUUCUGUCAGGAGCUCAGGAAAAAGUCACUGCUGUAAGGGAGAGGCCGACCAGCUGGAGGAAGGAGGGAGCUGCUGUUAAGAAUCUGCACCUUCCUCACCGUACAGAUGAAGACAGCCAGGUGGCAGAUAUGUUGUAUCAGAAAGUACGUGUUCUCUGUUGGGUGAUGACGGGGCCGUAUAACCUGCAGAGCAGGGCCCAACAUGUCAGGGCUACCUGGAGUCGGCACUGCAACAUCGUCGUGUUCAUGAGCUCUGUGGACGACCCUGACUUCCCCACUGUGGGCCUGGGGACAAAGGAGGGCCGUGACCAGCUCUACUGGAAGACCAUUCGAGCGUUCCAUUAUGUCUACGAACACCACGGGAAUGAAGCAGACUGGUUCUUAAAAGCGGAUGAUGACACCUAUGUGGUAGUGGACAACCUGCGCUGGAUUCUGUCCAACCACUCCUCCGAAGAACCAAUCUAUUUUGGCAAGCGCUUCAAACCUUAUACCAAACAAGGCUACAUGAGUGGGGGAGCAGGUUAUGUACUCAGUAAAGAAGCCCUCAAAAGAUUUGUGGAAGGCUUUCGAACCAAAGUUUGCACACACACGACCCCUGUGGAAGACCUAGCUCUCGGUCAGUGUUUGGAGAAGAUGGGUGUUCUGGCAGGAGAUUCCAGAGACACUUUGCAACGAGAAACUUUUCACCCAUUUGUGCCAGAGCACCAUCUUACUGGCAAGUUCUCCAAGAGCUUCUGGUACUGGAGCUAUUGCUACUACCCAAUUGUUGAGGGUCCGCAGUGCUGCUCAGACCUGGCUGUAUCGUUUCAUUAUAUCGAAGCAGAGCUGAUGUACGUGAUGGAGUACUACACCUACCACCUAAGAGCGUAUGGUUAUAUUCCACGCUACCAGCCCUCUUUACGUCAUGGUUUGAAUGUCAGCCCACACUCGCAGACGGCUGUAACAGCGGGACUUAAAGCAGUUCGAGGGGUGAAGGACGGAAAGAAUCGCACAACUGUUGCCUUUUCUCUCAAUGGAAACCAAACCAAAGAGGAUACGGUGACAGAGGAAAAGGAGACGGAGAAUUUAAACUCCCAUCUCACUGUGAACAGGACUGCAGUCGAAUAAAACGCUGUAUUGUAUUAGCUGUGUUGUGUUUUUAGAUGGUACUGAAUGUGUUUUAACUGCAGUGUGUCUGAUCGCCAUCAGAAACUACAUCAGGAGCACCUGUGGCUACUUUCCUUCUGUGAUUAGUCAAGAAGAACUGUGGUGAAAAGUAUGACUUUUUCAGAUAACCCUUUUACUGCGCACUAACAACUCUUUUCUGCUGAGUAUGACAACAUGAGUGAGUUGUUAAAGAUAAGAGAUGUUUGAGUGGAGGCUACAUGUGUCUCAGCUGUGUUCAAACAAUAUGAACAUCUGGUUUAGCCUUAAUUAUAUUUGACAUCAUCAGUGUUUGAAUUUAUUGUCACAGCCAAUGUGCUUGGAGUUAUGCAGGAAAAAGCAAUAGAUGUAUGACAUUUAUUAUUAAUUGUGAGUAAUUAAGUAAUUUGGCAUAAAAUGCUUCAAGUUAAUAAAUUAAUUUUGUUUAAAUUUCGUUUGUAACUCAAUCUAAUUAACACACGCUUUAAAACCAGAGCCAGGAUGUUUGAUAUGAUGUUUGU